UUAAGACCUAGACACUGAUAAUAGCAACCAUCGAGAUCUAUACUAGAAACUUCAACAUGAAAUUUUAAGAUCAAUCAAAAUAAAAUGUUGAUUUCAAAGUGGCUUUUUUCAAUCCUCUUUGUAAAAAGUGGAUUCUCGCUACAAAAGCAAACGAAAUCAUUGGAAGAGUUAGAAGUACAUUAUGAAGAUGAAAAAAAUUCUAUGAUUGCAAUGGCAGAAACAGAGGAUAUUAUUUACGAAGAUUUUUAUGAUGAAUUGGACAAUAGAAUAAAAACUGAUAAUUCAAUGGAUAUUAUCUUCUUUGGACCUCCCAGUUCCUUUUUGAGAUUAGAUGCUGAAACAAUAUUACAUUUAUUAUCAACUACUAAAAAGAAUGACAUCCCAAUAUCUAGAGCUAUAUUGGCUUGGGAUAUUGUUACUGAUGGUAAAACUGCUGCAUUUUUACAAGGAAGGGAGCUUUUAGCCUUUGAACGGUUAUUGAAUGUCAUACCUGAAGAAGAUUUGUACUAUGUUGAUUUCGGAGACUCAUCUGUUUUUAAUUACUUUUCAAAACGUUAUGUUCCUCUGCAUAAUAGAAAGUUCGGAAUAUUAGCAGCAGCAUACAGGCGAUAUUAUGGCAAUGAUUGGUAUAAAAGCGCUUCGCAAAUAAAUGAGUUGGGCUAUUUAAUUUGUGGAUUUCCUUCUCACGAUCUACGAAGAAUAGCGCCAGACACAUUCAAGGAGCUCACAUUUGAUGUAUUAAGUAAACUCGAUAGAUGUAAUGUGGAACAAACGAAGACUUUAUAUGACAUUGCUACACACCCGGAUGCAUAUGGAGAACCGUAUAAAUGGUCAUCCCACGAAGUUGGACGUCUAAAUAUUCUAUUUAAUUGUAUACCGAGACAACAAAUCAGUUCUAUACAAUUAGAAGCCAUUACAGCAGUUAGUCCUAAUGUUAUGAAACACAUGAAUCAAAAAAAACUGGAGUUCUUUACUAUGCAACAAAUUAUAAGAAUGAAUCCUAAAACUAGACGUAUAUCGAAAAUGCCUUCUGUUAAGCAUUAUUCAUCAAGUGAAGUGAAUCAGUACGAAUUGUCCGCAAGAUUAUUAUCGCUGACUGAAAAUACUUCGUAUACUUUAACGCAAAUAAAUGGCCAGAGGAUUUAUAAAAAAGCACCGCAUGCUUGGAGUGGCCCGGAGCCAUCGAGGAAUUGUGAGGUGUUCAUCGGGCGUAUUCCACACGACUGCUUCGAGGACACGUUGGUGCCACUGUUCCGGCAGGCGGGGGAGCUGUUCGAGUUUCGUUUGAUGAUCAACUUCUCUGGAUGGAAUCGAGGGUACGCUUUCGCGAUGUAUACCACGGAAAUCGAGGCCAGCCACGCUAUACGUUUGUUCAACAACUACAUGAUAAGACCGUCGUGGCAAUUGGGUGUAUGCCCAUCGAUCAACAACUGCCGCAUAUUCAUAUCUCGAAUCCCGCCAACGACGCCCUCCGACGAGAUCGUGCGUCUGCUGUACGCGCUAACGGACGAGGUUCAGGAAGUUCGCAUCCGUCGAUCGGCCGCUUCCUGCGCCGCUAUAGUCGAGUAUCGGUCGCACCGCGGCGCCGCUAUGGCUCGAAAGGCCUUGGUAGCGGCAGCGGCGGCCGCUUGGGGUUGCGGCGCGCGCCCUGCGGUUGAUUGGUCGUUGCCGCAAUCGCCGCAGUUGUUGCGGCAGUACCGCGAGAUCGGCCGCUGGAGCCCCGAGCGCGGUGUUGAGCUGGUGCGCACGGACGAACCGGCGGGCGCGGCCCACGGUGCCGGCGGCUCGUACACGCUAGAGCGCUGGUCCCAGGCGCGCCGCCUGCGCAUGAUCCACGAAGCGCAGCGCAACGCCGCCAUGCAACACGCGGCGCCCGCCGUCCCCGGCCCGACCGCGCCCAACGAUUGGUCCAGUCAACUGUACGACAUGGACUCCCUCGUGUCUUCCAUGUCGUCUCUGAGCAUGCCGGGGCUUCGCCCGGGCGUGUGGGGCGCUCCGGAUCCGCCCGCACAGGGGACCGCAGCUCCGCCCCGUGACUUUAACCCCUGGACAGCUAAACAUCCGAUGGAGGAGUUCAUACUGCCUCCUAAGGAUCAGGAGUAACUUUGUGUCGGGUAGACAGUAUACUCUUCAAUAUAGUCUACAUAUGUUUGGUCAGUUUGCGGCUGCGAUCAAAAAUAUACUAGAUAUUCUGGCAGUCAUAAAUGUGUCUGUUAAAAAUUCCUACCUAAUUUAAUUAGUUUGCUGGUUAGAAAGCCAAAGUAUUAACGUCCGAAAAGCCAAUAAAAGUGAUAUAUAUAUAUGUAUAUACUUAUGAUAACUCAGAACUCUGACUUAUAAUAACAUAUUUAUUAUAAGUUUCUGUGUAUACCUACAUAUUUUUUAAUAACAGAUAAUUUAACAGUAUACUAAAUUAGCAGGACUAAAAGUGGUCUUCUGUCUUUUUCUUAAUGCUUCCGUUUGAAAACUCUACUUUUAGACCUGUCAAUUUAGAUACAUUUUGUACAUAGAAUUUGUUCUAUUGCCAGAUUGUAUAUGGGACUGCAUAUCUAGUGUAUUAUUGAUCGACGAGUUACGUUACGUAUAUAAUAUUUUCGUGAUAUUUUAGUUCCGCGUCUUGUCCGCAUUUGGUAUGGGGUACUGCUCGUUUCCGUCACGGUCUAGCAUAAAAUAUCCUUUAGGUAACGACCUAUAAGUUAACAUCCAUAUAUUUUUUGUAGACAUAUUGGAGGUAUGUUAUUGCCCAUUUUUACUUAUACUAUUUGUUUUGUUUAUUUUUUGUGUUCAAUGGCGUAGCUAGCUAGCCAGGGUGUCACCCAUGUGCAUGACGAUUGUGUUGU